AUCUCUUGCUUAUCGCGACUGCUGACAGGCUAAUGCUUUCACUUUAAAUCUCUGGUAGUUGCAGGGCGCCGAGUUGGGAGCGUUUUCCUGGAGAACAUAUUCAAAUAAGGUUAAUAGAAAAGUAAGGGGAAAUUUAAAUAUCGCCUUGCCAUGCUGCCAGCAUAAGAGCUUUACCGUCAACGUAUCCGUAUGCAUCGGCUUCGACUAGCAUCCUCAAGUUCUUCCCUGCCGUCUCCCAUGUCGCAGUCAAGAAAAGGUGUCACGAAAGUCCUUUUCUUUUUUACGUUAUACGAAGAGCCACGACAUCUGAACCAUAGAGAAAAAAAGCAGUCGCAAGCUUCAGUGCUCCCUAAACCGAGCGAACGAGUACAGAGAAAGAUUAGAGCGAACGCGGCGCGCAGCGGGGGGUAAAAAAAAAAAACAAUACAAAAAGGGUGAGAGGAAAGAGGCGUGAGGGGAAAAGUGGAGAGGAGGGUACAGCGGGACCGGCUCCCUCAGCCGUCUGCUAUAUAUAGCGUUGCGUGAUCAUUAUACAGCAUUAAUAAACAGCCCUGGCUUUUUUUAUUAUUAACCUUUCUUUUUCUGUAAAACAAUUGUUGACGUAGCCACUUUUUAUCAUUAACCUUUUCGUCCGUCCAGUGAAACGUAACAGUUGACGUAGCCGCGGUACUCUCUACCUCUGGCAAACAAACCCUUCGAUUUUUUCGCCACUGGGCGAGAACACUGGACGAUGUGGCCCAAGGGUUGUGAAGAAGAAGAAGAAGAGGGAGACGCAGGCAUCGGCCGAUGAGCGACUUCGAGGUGCAGGUCUGCCUGAAGGACGGGGGCCCCGGCCGGGAGUUCACCAUGGGCGUGGACGUGCUGCGGGCCUCCAGUUCGUAUCUACGCGACCUGCUGUACGAGAUGCCCGGACCCGCGAACAUGCGCUUGCAGAUCGACGGCAUCUCGGCGGAGGCGUUCGAGGGCCUCAAGGCGUACCUGCGCAACAGCGGCCCCGUGGUGACGUGCCAGAACGUCACGGACCUGUACAGCUGCGCGUACAAACUCCGGCUGCGACCCUUGACCAACCGAUGCCUGCAGUACCUGGCGCAGGCAGGGCCCGUCGGCAGGCAGCUGGUGGUGCUGCAACACGCUUCACGCUUGAAACUGCCGGCUGAGCAGCAGGCCGCCUUCCAGUUCGUCGCAGAGAACUUCGACGACGCCGUCAGGACCCGGCAGUACCUGGAGUUAGAAUGGAAUACGGUGAAGAGCUUGCUCUGCGCCGACGUUCUGGGUACUUCCUCGGAGACCAAAGUGCUUUUGGCAGCGCUAUCCUGGUUGGAGCACGACUAUCAGAACCGGAAACAGUUCGAGGAUUCCGUGCUGGCAUGCGUCCGGUUCGGGCUGCUCCCGGAAUCGGUGCUGAUAUCGUGCUUCGAGGCUCCUCCCGUGGGCCGCAUGGCGCUGUCUUGUCGCCCGGUUCGCAUGCAACUCAUGGAGGCCGCCUUCUCGCACUAUGUGCGCAUGCGUGGGAGACCGGACCUGGCAGUGGAGGUGCGCAAACGGACCUUCUCGGGAGCCGAACCUGCUGGCCUGUCCGAAUUAGAGAGCUCCGGGGCGAUGUCGUCGCCCGUGUCGGGCGUCUCCGCCGGCGUCGGCUCGCCUGGCGUCGGCGGGACACUACAGGCGAGCGUCCUCGUGCAUGCUUUCUUUCGCACUGCUGUUCAAGAAUGA